AUGGGUGCUGCCAGCAAGGAUUUCACCACGCUCCCAGCCACUACGCUUCACCGAAGCGCCUCGAAAGAAGCCGCGUACGCAAUUGCCGCUGGUCCGCUCACUUUGCUAGCCGAGACACCGGCUACGAAGUCAAGCCCCGUCCGAAUGCCCCACACUGUCGACGACUCCGCCAUUCUCGACGCUAACAAAGAGGAUCCGGAGAUCAGCACGUGCAGUCUUGCGACGAGACUCGGAAGAGAUGUCGCUAAUGGAGCGUUUGAGCAAUCCACGAAGUGGCCUCGAGGUCAGAACAUCUAUAGGCUGUACUGGGAUUGCAUGCUGGAAGAAAAGGCGCAAGAAAUUGUUGAAAAAUGUUCGGAAUCAGAGAAGGAGCCGAGUGAUGCAGCGCUUAUUUUAACGAAAGCGGACGCGAGUGGAACUUGCGAUCGACUGACGUUCCUUAAAACACAGGUGGUAGGUUGGUGCGAUGAAGUGAAGAAAGAGACUGUUCCCACUGGCGCUCCAGUGUUCGAUGGCGAUGCGAAGUUCGAAAAGUUUGCGAAGCUUGCUUACGGAAAGGCCACCAGACUUGGAUGCGCUCAGAAAAUGUGCGGCAACGAUCUAUACAUGGCUUGUCUCAUUUAUGCCAAGGGUACUGAGAAGGGUCAGCCAAUCUAUGAAACCGGCAACGGUUGUUCGAGACAUGAUGAAUGUACGACAUACGCUGGAUCGAAAUGCAGUAAUACCGUUUGUCUUGCCGGAUAUAUCGACCCAACUGCAACAACAACGUCGGUACCAACAACAACAGCGACACCAACUACAUCGGCGGCAGCAACUACAUCGACGGCAGCAACUACAUCGGCGGCAGCAACUACAUCGGCGGCAGCAACUACAUCGGCGGCAGAAACUACAUCGACAGCAGCAACUACAUCGGCGGCAGCAACUACAUCGACAGCAGCAACUACAUCGACGGCAGCAACUACAUCGACAGCAGCAACUACAGCAGCUGCUGCAUCAACGGUACCCCCAGCAUCGACAAGAAUUUGUCCUGACAAUGCCCAUAUAUCUACGGACGAUAUAAGGAAUACUUUCCUUGAACGCCACAACUUCCACAGGUCACAACUUGCACAAGGUUUACAAAAGAAUAAAGGGAUGACGACGGGGAUGGCACGCCAAGCAUCGAAAAUGAUCAAAUUGACAUACAACUGCGCUCUAGAGAAAAGCGCCUUCGAAUAUGCGAUGCAGUGUAAGGAUGCAGAUUCUGGUUACAGUUCUGAGAAUCGUUACACCUUCCCGAACACAGCGCUCACUAUGGAUGUAAUCGCAAGGAGGGCUCCAAAUCGUUGGUGGUUGGAAAUCGAGAACACAGGAAUGGAUCAGAAUGCGGAUCUCAACAAAUUCUAUGCCAAAAAUGGAGUUUCACACUGGGCAAGGAUGGCUUGGGAUAGCAAUAAAUCUGUCGGUUGUGCCGCCUACAAAUGCCCUAACUUUAUUAAUGCAAUCUGUCGAUACGAAAGCGGUGGUACUGAGGCAGAACAAAUCUACAAGAUGGGACCUGCAUGCAGGCGUUGUACGAUUAUUGGCACAGAAAAAUGUGAAGAAGGCCUUUGUGUGUUCUGA